CUGCGUUCUAUGUCAUUUCAUUGUUUGUUGAGAUUCUCGUCAAAAAUAACCUUAGAAGUCGUAAAAUAAAUAAUAAAAUUCAUAUUAAAUGUUAAUUGAUAUUCUAAACGAUACAUUAAGUGGACAGUUACUGCUAUUAUGAUCUUACUUUGAACGUAGAAAAUAGCAUAGCCUAAAAAAUGUUUUCCAAUGGCCUAGCGUGUAAUCUCCCUUUCAGCUGUAUGAGCGUGAACAGGGACUCUGGUUCAGAUGAGCUGCUCCCCAGCAAAACGUCCAGAGAACCUGUGCUUCUGAAUGUAUAUGACAUGUACAAGAUAAAUGAAAUCACAACCAACAUAGGGCUGGGUGUAUAUCAUUCGGGUGUAGAAAUCUAUGGGAUAGAAUAUGCUUAUGGAGGUCACCAAUAUCCAUUUUCUGGAAUAUUCGAAAUAAAUCCAAGAGAUGAAACAGAUCUAGGUGAACAGUUCAAGUUCAGGCAAACAGUCCAAAUAGGAUAUACGGAUUUCACACAAAGUGAUGUGCUUAGAAUCGUACUUGAAUUAGGUAAAGAAUUUAGGGGAGAUAGAUAUCAUUUAAUGAACAACAACUGCAAUCAUUUCUCAGGAGCUUUAACAAAGAUUCUAUGCGGCCAAGACAUUCCAUCGUGGGUGAACCGCCUGGCGUACUUCAGCAGCUGGGUGCCUUUCUUAGAGCGCUGCCUGCCCAAAGAGUGGCUGAUGCCGAUGGCCCUCCAGCACUCGAUCAGCUGUCGCCGUGACAGCUCUUGUUCGGAGGCGUCCGGGUCGAUGGUGUAUCAGCAAGAGCGUGUCGGUAAAAGUGAUUUUUAUUAAAAUCCAGGACAUACGUUGUGUAUUAUUUUAUUAAUUCAACAUGCUAUCAAUAAAAAGGAUGUAUUGGCAGGUGGCUACAUGGUGUUACAUAAUGGAAAUCGAAGGAAAGAUUUAGCAUGUUUAAAUAUGAAAAACAGUUCAUUAAACGUGAGACGGGCACCGAAAAAAGUGAGCCUUUAAAAUUCGGUCUGUUUGAACAUGUAGUCACCACAAUUUUGCAUGGGGCUCCUCAAGGAUCUGUACCUGGACCAUUGUUAUCCUUGUUCUACAUCAAUGACAUAUGAAAUUGCCUCAGUAACAGUACUAUACUAUAACUAUCUAAAACUGUAAUGACUCAUCGAUGUUCAUGUGAACAUCACUUAAUUACCAGUAGUCGGCUGUUCAUAGGCGGGGUAUGAAUGUUUAACGUGGGUGAACUAGAUUUGUCACAUGCUUAAUAAAGAGUGGUUUGAAACAUAUUGUAAGUCAAAAAUUUGGGAAUUACCUUUAUUCAUCGUCGCUUCCACUUACAUCUGACAGUAAUAAACUGUCGCUAUCGCUUUCCUCGUUGAAAUUGACUAUAACUGGCUCUAUGAUGGUGUCGAUGUGGUGGUCAAGCUGCCACAUUCCUGUUUCUUCCUUCACAACAUGACGGAUAGCAUUCUGCAAAGCUUCGGGCGUUACUAGCUGUAUGGAAGACUCAAGUAAAACCUUAACGUCUGGUAAUUUGAAGGUUGUGUUAUGGAGCGCAAUAUAACCCUUCACUUGAACUCAGAUGAGCUCUAUUGGGUUCAGUUCACAGUGGUAGGGCGGUAACCGCAGCACAGUGACACCACAUUGACGGCCCAUCUCAUCAGUCACGUAACUAAUGUUCGCAGGUUUGUGCUGUUUAAUUUUUUCAUACAAUUCCGCUUUCACACAUGAAUCGUCAAACGGGAUUCCUUUUUCGCGUAACCUUUGCUGCAUGUCACUUUUUCGAGAUCCCAUAGUCGGUACACGUUCGGCUCGACGACUAUGGUAGGAAACAUUAUCCAUGACGAUCACAGAGUUGGGCUCAACUCGCUGAAGCACCCCUUGAAACCAGCUCUCGAAGCAGCUGGCAUUCAUUUCGUCAUGGUAAUCACCUCCUUUCUUAGAGACGAAAAUCAAGUCACACUCUUCUAAAAAGCCACUAUCGCUACCAAUAUGAGUUACGAUCAAUCUUUGACCUUUCCCUGACGGUCCACGAAGAUCUGUUGACAAACCUUCAAUGCUUGCUUGUCGGUUACUCACUACGUUUUUGUCUAUCCAGGUUUUUUUAACUGUGUGACCUGCAUUUACCCAUGUCUCGUCCAAAUAAUAGAUUUUUCUGCUUUGUCGCCUAUAUUCAAUCAUUUCCCGUAGGUAUUUUCGACGCCAGGCGACUAUUUCAGGUCUCUCUAUCAAUACUGACUUCCGAUUACGCGUUUCGUAACGAAAAUUAAUUUCGUGCAGGGAUUUCCUCAUUACCUUGACGCUCAUUUGGGGUAUAAUUUCAUUUUCCUUGAUUGCUGCAUGUACAGCCUUGAGGGUUGGUAUCUCAUUCCUAAAGAAGAAUGAAUGUACGGUUCACCUUAACGCCAUUUUGCUAUCGUCAUCCAAUUUAACGGCCUUUCGUCCCUUCAAAUUAAACUUUGGAUCAGUAGUAGCUCCAGUUUUCUUCUUUUCAUGCACCACCCUGCGAAUGGUCCACUCUGGAACGCCUGUCAUACUUUCACAACGCGCGAGUGCAUCUCCCUGCGACAUAGUUCUGUUCAGAUAAUUGAACACGUUGAGCACGAUUUCUUUCGCGUCCCUCUUCAGUGCUUUACGAAGCCGUCUACUUGUUCCCUGGCUUUCAGUACUUCCACUCGUGCCAUUUGUACUCUCCAUGGUUAAGUAUAACCAAAACAGUAACCACAGAAAGCACAACAAUAACAAUCACACAACAAUUCUUAUAAAAACUCACAAUAUGCGAUCGCUCAACGAAACACGUUCCAAUGCGUUGCCGACGCCUAUGAGUCUGCCGGUCGAGGCGCGUCUUUGAUUUCAUUGGUUCUACCGGCGGAGAACAAUCAGCCAUUAUUUCCAUCUCUGCCUGUGCUGUUGACCACCGCAAAGCCACAGAAACAACAUAUGUCGUACGCUAUACGGCUGUACUGGAAGGAAGCCGGGAUCGAGCUCUGUUCACGUGUUGAUCACGCGUAUGAGUCAUUACAGUUUUAAAUAGUUGUAGUAUAGUAGCAAACUUUUCCUGUAUCUCGAUGACACUAAUCUUCUUUCAACUAUCAGUAUUUAUACUUUUUUAUGUUUUACUUUAGCUGACUUAUGCAAACAUAUUUCUGUGUAAUAUCACCAAUAAAUCAUUAUUAUUAGUGGGUGUGAAAGAGAAAACGUGAUUUUUUGUGGCACGUUUAUUUGUUAUUGGAAUUUUUCGGAUUGAAAAGUAUUAUAUUGGCUAAUUAAACAGCGUUUUAUAUAGGAAAUUUUCUGUACUUUUUGAUGUACAUUAAAAGUAUCCCAACUUAGUGAAUGCGCAUUCCAUUUUAAAACUUCUAGAGCAUUUUAAACACACUUUAGGCUAUAUUUUGGAUGAAAAUGGUAUAAAUUACCCAAAUUAUCGCUUUGGGUUUUGCACCCUAUAUUUUUGCAAAUUCCAAUAUUUAAGAAAAUCGUAUAAAAAAUAUACUUUUGUUAUAGUAUUGUAGCAUUUCUGUGGGUUCUUUUGGGUGUGGAUUAAAACACUGGAUUCCACAACAGGAAUGCACUAACUAAUUUAACUUUGCUAAAACAUUUAUAUACACCACUAUUUAUGUCUGACUAAUUCUUAUGUCACCAUUGACGGCACUAUACUUCACUCCGCCCUGCUACUCUACCGUAUUCAAUACUCUCCUCCAUCUCCCGGCCGCCGAGUUAUAUAUAGUCCCAAUUGCCGCUUCGAAAAAGACCACAAAGCGACAUCUAUAAUGUUGGAGAUCACUUCGCGUCGAUCUAGAAGGCGAUCCACUGUCACUGUCCUUACAGACGCCGCCAGGCGGCUUAUGCGGUCGUGUAAAAGCAGAGAUCGGCCAUUAAGCUCCGGCGAGUAGGAGACUCGCCCGACAGAUGGCGCUAUUUGUCACAGUAUAUGUCAAAUGAUAUUAGAAUAGAAAAAUACUCAUACUGUAAAAAUCCGUACCUCCUUAAGUGAUGCUCAAACCAUUUCAAAACUUCUGAUGCAUUUUAAACACACCCAAGGCUGCAUUUUGGAGUAAAAACAUCGAAAAUAAAAAAGCGAAUUUUCCGAAAUUUUGGUUUGAAAUGUUUACUUCCUUUUUUUUUAAUUACAAAUUUGGUUUUUUCAUCAAGAAGUGCAGAAAAUUUCCUAUAUAAAACAAUGUUUCACUCUCACUUUUUUCCGGUGUCCGCUUCGCGUGAAGAUAAGGGUCCUAGCGCCCUCUAUGAGAUAGCAGAACCGACUCUUUCCAAAGUAAUUUCUAAAUCAGUUCUGAGACUGCCUCACAGAUGGCGAUAGGUUGGCUGUCAAAUACGUUGAACCGUUAUUUUUCUUUUGUUGUACAUACUUCAUCUUUCACAAGAUAACCUAUCCAGUGCAAAUGUCAAUUUUAAACAUGUCAUGAUUUUGCAGUUAAACUACUUGUGUUAAACAAGUCUGUAAUGUUGACGCACAUGUACAAGAACAUUGUGCAACAAGGGUAAACAUGUUUCUUAUUUUUGUUUACGUGAGCAUUCCAGAUUUAUAUUUUGAUAAUGGGGGAUGCUGAAGGGACAAUUUCGUCAGCAAGCUCACAGUGACACUAUUCUACUUUGAUACAUGGAGGUCAAUUGUUGAAUAUGAGGGAGUAAAAAAUUGAAAGAACGUGAGCGUGAUCCUCAUUUCUAGGAGGUAUGAGGUAUUCUUUAAUUUCGCUUGCCGUGUUAUUUUUAGAAAAAAGUUUUGCCGUAGCCCAUCAGCGUUAUAUUUAAAGACGAAGUUAACAUUUAAUGACAUGAAAGGAAAAUAUUUUUACGUACGCGACACUCAACGCGCGGACAGCUUUCUAACCUCGAAAUGCUGAUUUGAUAUGUAACAAACACGUUAUUUUGAUAUGUUCAUAGUAUCUGCUAUCUCCCUCACUUUAAUUCGGCGGUCAACUAGCACCAUUUGGUGAACUUUGGCGAUGUUUCGCUACUCGAUUUUGACCAUUUUCACAAAAACGCAUCGACUCACUCAAAUGACUGGCGCAUAACAACUGCGCGUAAAAAGUGACUGAAACUUUGGUGAGUAACUGUGAACAGAUGAACAACGAAAUCCACUAGCUUUUAUCUACGAGUGGUGCUGCUAUCUUCACGUUGAGGUCGGAAUCUAUUCAGACCACACUCGUACAUAUUUAUUUAAUGUCACAACAGAGUAACAGACAUCAAAAGCUGUCGAGAAAGGCAAAGAACGCCUUCUAAUGUUUCUAGUCCCUUGUUUUCGAUCAUCGCCCUCAUUAUAACAUUUUUUAUUAAUUCUAGAAUAAGCAGCAGAUUUACUAAAAAUUUUACUUUUCAUAUCUUGAGUAUUUCCUACAGUGACGAGUAGAUGAUAAAUGUAUGUUAAAACUUCGUAGAUCUAGGGAUAUCUAUAAUUUGAUAGAAGCAGUACAUUAGUAGGUUCCAUAGUACACGUUCGUUUUACAAACUGUAAACGUUUAUUUGAGAAAUGUAUUCAUUAUCUGAUAAAACGGCCUACGUUCGUUUGUUUAGAUUAAGUAUUUUUAACCAAAGAUGAAAGACUGUUUCUCGUUUGAGACCUUUUGAGGUCUUACCAAUUUUAUUCCUAGGUACUAUUCUCACCAAAAACAAUUCGACGGCGACGCGAUCAAAUUUACUCAGAAAUGCUUUUAAAAAUAAUUUUCAAUGUCUGCCAAAAUAUUUAGUGGAAAUUCCUUUGGCACGCCUUUGGUGGAAAUUGGAAGAAAAUGUGGUACAUUAAAAAUUCCUCUUGACGCAUAGUGCCAAAUUACAUUAAAAUAUAUUUAAUGAUUAUUACAGGUAUUAAUAAUGAUUUGUUUAUUAAAACAGCACCCCAUAAAGUAAUAAGUUUAGGACAUACGUUCGUUUAAAGUUUCCUCAACAUGGACUCAAAAAUUCCCCAGUAAAUAUUGACGUUCAGUUAGGAAACACUAUUUUAAAUUAAACGGAACUGCAUUAACUGGUGUCAACUUGUCGAGGUGCCGUCUUUUUGGUGUGAACAGUUCCUUACAUACGUUUUAUGUCUGGUAUUAAUCAACAAAACAUCUGAAAGAUUUAAAACUUACAUAGGAUUUUGUGAAAUGUAUUUCUCUAGGAGGAAAGUGAUUAAGGCCUUCUUAUCUUACUACUUUCCUCAGCAAGCAGGUUAUUGACUAUAUUUUUUUUGCCUAACAUGAAAUAUGUUUUCCAUAGCCAAAAUCAGUCCAUUUUUUUUUUCUAUGAAAGUGAUAAAGGAAUCUUAAUGUUGCUUGAGAUGGGUCCUCAUAUCUAAAAGAAUCUUAAUGUUGCUUGAAAUGGGUCCUCAUAUCUAAAAAGGCAGCCUUCUUCUUGCAGGAAGAUAUUUGAACAUCUUUUAUUACACCAAAAAAUUGUUUCUGUUUAGCAUCGGACGUAGAACGUAUGACUGAAAAUUGAGAUCGACGUUUCCUUUACAUAUAAAUCAGUACAAAAUGUUCAGCGUAAGGUACUACAAUUUCAUUGUUGUUACAAAGGGCAUUUAAGAGUUUAAAAUGUUGUUGAUCUUUAGUAUCUACAUGUGGUAAGGCUCAAAUAUAAGAAGUUUAAGACCUUUUAUGAAACUCUCGUAAUUUUUGCACAUAUUUUUGAUCUGUGUUCUGUAUUGUAUACUAGGUAAAUGUGUGAUUGAGUUAGUCCAAGAUAAUUUUAUAUGCAUA